CCGGCUCGGACACGCGCGCGGGAACCGCGGCGCUUCGUGCUCGUUUUGUUUUGGAAAGCGGCGUUUUUUCCACGCGCUGUUUGACCCUGGACGGUGUUUUGUGUUUGGGGGUUUUGGUGCGCGCGUUUGUUCUGGAGGGGGCUCUGAAGGGCGGCUGUGGAAGAGGAGCGGCGCGGCUAAGCCUCGCCAGGCAGCAGCGGCGGGCCCGAGUCGGGCUGCGCCGAGCGCGGGAUGCUGGCGCCGGCUGCUCCGGGGGGAGGCGAUGCCAUAACCCCGGCUUAGCAGGUGUGAACCACCGUGCCCUGUAAGUUGUAUUUCGCUGGCUCUUGUCCUUGAAGAAUGGCUGCCCUGCCCUGUGAAAAUUGUUCCCUUCACUACCACUACAGCCAAGCCAACCCGCCUCUUGAAGCUAGUUGUAUGCUGCUCCUGAUUAUGCUUGGAAAAGUCUCCCUCGAUCUCUUCAUGCUGCGAGUUAGAAGACAGAAUAUAAAAGAGAGUUUUAUGGGAUAUUUUUGCAUUUCGCUGGCUCUCAUAGAUUUCACACUUCUGAUGAAUAUAGCAUUCAUUUCCUAUUUUAAGGACUUUGCACUUUGGGGUGUUAGAUUUACUAAGUAUCACAUUUGUUUGUUCACUCAGAUAAUUUCUUUUACCUAUGGUGUCUUGUAUUACCCAAUUUAUCUUGUGGCUGGUCUAGAUUAUUACAUGACUAUAAAUCAAACCUCUCAGCCACCAAACAUAAGUCAAAGGUUAUUUUAUAUACUUGCUGUAGUUCUUAUAUGGAUUUCAGGAUUUUCUUAUAUUCUUCAAGUUCCAACUAUCUAUGCAAAAUUCAGAAUACAAAACAACUUUUUUGUCUACCAGUGUCCUUUAUACAGCAGUGAUCAGAGUUACUGGAUAUCAUUAGCCAUGCUGUUUGUCAUAUGCAUGGUUUUUGUGACUUGGUGGUCAGAAGCUAUAGCUAUAGUGCGAUCAGUCAGGAUGAUUUCUUUUAAAAAUAAGGCUGUUCUGCUCUUUUCAUAUAUGUCUGAUUACAAUCACACUGGUUGCAAGAAACAACUGUUGACAAGACUUCUCAUCUGCUUUCUUGGUACUUGGGCACCUUUUGUCCUCCUUCAAGUGAUCCUCUUGUUGCUUGGGGCUCAGAUUCCAGCUUACAUGGAAAUGAAUGUUCCCUGGUUGUACUUUAUUAACAGUUUUCUUAUCGCAACAGCAUACUGGUUUAGGUGUCAUGACAUUAAGCUGACAGAGAGGACUUGGUCUGUAGAUCCAUUUGUCAGCUGGAAAUUCUGCUUCAUCCCAUUCAACAAUCAAAAUACAGAGCAAGCUGAAAAGCCAGGCACAGUAAUCGUAAUCUGUUAAUGAGCUGCUGUGUGAAAAGAAUGCAAAUAAGUACUGUGGAACAGAGGUGUCUAAUGAUUGUGCUAUUUUGAUGUCUUUUAUGAACCCAUCUUGCUGGAUAAUAUAAGGAUACAUCUCCAGAACUGCAGCCUGUGAAGAAACUGUCACCAACAUUUGCCAAUGGAUAAUGGAAUAUUGCACUGUUCUCUAAGCUAAGCUUUACAGAUAGAUGGGGACUUUAAUGCACAGCAAAAGUUUUAAUUAAAUUUAUAAUAUUUAUAAAAAAAUAUAUAAUAUUCAUAAAAAGAGUUGAAAUUUUGGAUGAAGAUAGCCACUACUUAACAGCAACAAAACAUGCCUGAUUUUACUGUUAAAUGUUAAUCAGUUUCAGAUUUGUUUCAAACAUAAAAAAAUAAAAUCAUCAGUAACCUAAAGACAA